CCAGCAGGCAAGGCUCCACACACGAGACACCGCACCGUGCUGCUUCUCCCUGCUUCGUGUUUGACCACCGGCAACGCCGUCGCCUGCCACACACACACACACACACACACGCGAGACGUAUAUAGGUAGAGCCUGUUCCGCACCAACGUUCCCCGCCAGCCUUCCAGACCCCAAUGCCACCAGUGUGAGACACCAUGGCACAGACAAACGCUAACUCUGAGAUGGACCUCUCCGGGAACCCCAUGGCCUCCAUGCUGAUGCCCACCCACCCAGGCGGCGGCGCCGCCGCCGCCACGCAGGACGACCAGGAGCUGGUCGACCUGCAGACGCAGCAGGCCGCCGCCCCGACGGACGCAGGCGGGUCGCUGUCGUCGGCAGUGACCGCUGCCGUGCAGCAGGGCCAGAGCACCGACUUCGUGAAGAAGCUCUUCCAGAUGUUGGAGGAGAACCGGUUCAGCAGCAUCGUGCGCUGGACAGACUCGGGCGACUCGUUCAUGAUCAGCGACACCAACGAGUUCACCAAGGAGGUGCUCCCCUGCUACUUCAAGCACAGCAACUUCUCCAGCUUUGUCAGGCAGUUGAACAAGUACGACUUCCACAAGGUGAAGCUGUCGCAGGAAAUCAGACAGCGAUAUCAGUUGGAAAACGUGUGGGAGUUCAAGCACCCGGACUUCAACCGCUUCGACAAGAGCUCCUUGGAAAACAUCAAGCGCAAGGUCCCGGCGAAGAAGGAGCAGACUGACACCGUCGCUGCCGCCAACUGCGUCCCCAUCACGUCCUACCGCAAGCUGGAGGACCGCGUCAGCUUUCUCGAGAAGGAAAACGUCUCCUUGAACUCCAGCAUCAACAACAUGAGCGUCUCCUUGAACAAGCUGAACCAGAAGUACAACACCCUGGUAUCCAACCUCCUCACCUCCAAGGACAUUGACAUGUCCUUCUCCAGAUCCAUCCAGAUCUUGUCCAAGGGCUUGGUGCAGCUCGGGGUCCAGCUUCCGGCCAUAGAGCUCCCGCACUUGGACUACCUAGCCGACACCUCCGACACACUCUCCUCUCUCAAUACCCACAACAGCAGCUCGGCCGCCAACCCGCACCCGGCCGCCCAUCCGCCCGUCAACGGCCAAAUAGCAACAAACACUGGCCCCCAUCUGAACAACAUGGGCAAUUUCAACAACCACAGUGCUUCCGCCAUUAAUAAUGCCCCACCACCUACUCAAAACAACCAGCUGAGCGAUUCGCAUACUGGAUCAAACAGAAGAAGCAGCCAAAACAGCCUCGCAGGAGGGAAAAUGAUGGACGUGGAAAUCAAGCAAGAGGAGGAGGUCGCCGAGCCUGAACUGAAACCCACUCCAACCAAUUCAGCGUUGAACCCGCAGGCCAGACUACUGAACAGGCCGCAAGGCUCGGCAUUGCAUGUCUUGCUUGUCGAGGAUGAUGACGUCUGCAUCCAGCUAUGUAGGAAGUUCCUCAUGAAAUACGGAUGCACAGUAGUGGUGGUCACGGAUGGAUUGAGUGCCAUCUCUGCUGUCGAACAGGUGAAGUUUGAUCUAGUCCUAAUGGACAUUGUCAUGCCCAAUUUGGAUGGUGCCUCGGCCACUUCUGUCAUCAGGUCUUUCGAUAAAGAUACCCCGAUCAUUGCAAUGACCGGUAACUACCAGAGAAAUGAUCUCGUCACGUACUUGAAUCAUGGCAUGACCGACAUCCUAGCAAAGCCUUUUACCAAGGACGACCUUUACAUGAUUCUAGAGAAGCACAAGAUGGACCGGAAGUUGAACUUCACCAACAAAAGUCCCGAUGAUGAUAUUUCCAGCCGCCAAGCGCAAUUGACACAGCCGCAGCCUCCCAUUCACCAGCAUCCGAGUAUGCCCUCACUGACAUCCCAAGCACCGACACCACAUGUCCAGCUAUCAGCACAGCAAUCGUCCACCCAACUGCCUCAAACUACGGUUGAUGGUCAAACCCUGGUGCUAGCUUCCCAAACCAACAGCGGUCAGAGCAACCCAGAAUCGUCAAAUACACCCUCCGGUGGCAUGACAAGAAAUCCUGCUUUAAAGUCUGUACAACCUUUUGACAAUGAUACAGUCAACAGUAGCAGCAACAACAACAGCAACAACAAUAAUACCACUCCUGCUAAUACGGCAAAUACCAACAACAUUGCUAACAUCGAAAACAAUGGAAAUGUCAGCAACACCAAUCAGAAUUAUAAUUCCGACGCCACCAAUAACAGCAUCAGCAACGGCAACCCAAGCAGCAACAACAGUGAAGGUGGAAACAAGCUGGUUCCACUGGGGGAUCAACUCGUGUCAUCCAACUUGCCGCCCCUCAACGAAAGGAGAAUUACACAGGCUCGGCUUGUAAAGAAGUACGGUAACAGUCUUCUUAACUCCGCAUCUUCCAUGUCCGCUGGUCAAAUGGUUCAGGAGAUGGAGCUAAAUGUCGCCAACAUCCCCAAUGUCCAUGACGACUUGCUAACGCCAACGUUGCUGGAGUCUCCUGGUCUAACUCCAGAUGCAGGAAUGCCUGGCGACGUCGGGGAUUCCCUUUCGGCAGCAGCCGCUGUGGAGGCUGUCACGGGAGUCACUCCUGCCGGUCACCAGGCUGGAAUGAGUCUGGGAAACCAACCGCCUAACGUCACUGCUUCUGCUUCAGAUGCACUGAAUGCCGCGGAGAUGGACAUAUCCGGGGUGAACGAUGCGGAAUUCGGCGAUAUGUUCAAAAGAAGAAGAGUUAUGUAAGAUUACAGAAAAGGACGGUUAUUGUGGAAUAAUUAGCGUGCGUAUUCGUCUGUGUACCUAUGUGUAUAAAUAUGUAUGAUGAUUCGUCAAUGUAUAAAUGUUAA